CCAAACGCGAAAAGGGCACUCUCAAAAAAAAAGGAGAAAAAAAAGUAGUCUCGGCAUAUCCCCAGUUCCCCACGCUUUCUUCCUCCUCUUCGUUUGAGCCCCUGAAACACGGCCACCUCCCUUCCCUGCGCGCCGAGAGCGGAAAACCCUAGCUCCGAAUCUCCGAUCUCCCAUCCGCUUCGACGCGGAGGUCGAUCGCAAGCAGCUUGGUGAGCAGGGGCUAUGACGAGUGGCCUCUGAGUGUGCGAGCGAGCGUGUGGUUAGAUCUGAGGGCCUCGUGAUGGCGAGGGCGGCGGCGAACUGGGAGCGCCUGGUGCGGGCGGCGCUGCGGGGAGAGCGGUUGGCAGGCGCCUUCGGGGUGCCCGUCACCGGCAUCGCCGGGAAUGUGCCGUCGUCUCUCGGAAACAACGUCCACAUCGACGAGGUGCUUCGCGCCGCCGACGAGAUCCAGGAUGAGGACCCUACCGUCGCCAGGAUUCUAUGUGAGCAUGCAUACACACUAGCCCAAAAUCUGGAUCCAAAUAGCGAAGGGAGAGGUGUACUGCAGUUCAAAACAGGUUUAAUGUCAGUUAUCAGGCAAAAGCUAGCAAAAAGGGAAGGUGGUGCUAUAGAUCGAAGUCAGGAUGUUGCUAAACUGCAGGAAUUUUAUAAGCUAUACAGAGAAAAGCAUAAAGUUGAUGAAUUGUGUGAAGAUGAAAUGAAGUUGAGAGAAUCUGCUGUGUUCAGCGGUAACCUUGGAGAGUUGGAACGCAAAACUCUGAAGCGCAAGAAAGUCCUUGCUACUUUGAAGGUCUUAUGGUCAGUUAUAGAGGAAAUAACAAGGGAAAUUUCACCUGAGGAUGCAGAAAAGUUGAUAUCUGAAGAGAUGAAAAGAGUCAUGCAAAAAGAUGCAGAAAGAACAGAGGAUGUUGUGGCUUAUAAUAUUAUUCCUCUAGAUGCUUUGUCUACAACUAAUGACAUUGUGAAUUUUCCAGAGGUAAGGGCAGCUAUAUCAGCUUUGCAGUACCAUAGGGAACUUCCAAGGCUCCCUGCCACCUUCUCUGUCCCUGAUGCUAGGAAUUCCGAUAUGCUGGAUCUCUUGCACUGUGUAUUUGGUUUUCAGAAAGACAAUGUGACUAAUCAACGGGAGCAUGUUGUUCACCUGUUGGCAAAUGAACAGUCCCGACUGGGGAAACUACCAGGGAAUGAACCGAAAAUCGACGAGGGAGCUGUGCAUGUUGUUUUCUCCAAGUCCCUUGAUAACUACAUCAAAUGGUGUAAUUAUUUGCCGCUUCCCCCUGUCUGGAACAACACCGAGUCAUUGACGAAAGAAAAGAAGUUGCUAUAUGUGUGCUUAUACUACCUUAUUUGGGGAGAGGCUGCUAACGUACGAUUUCUUCCAGAAGGUUUAUGCUAUAUAUUUCAUCAUCUAGCAAGAGAACUGGAGGAGAUUAUACGGAGACAGACUGCAGAGCCUGCUGAAAGCUGCAUUUCAAAUGGUGGCGUAUCAUUUCUUGACCAAGUCAUUUCUCCUAUGUAUGAAAUCAUCGCAGCUGAAGCAGCCAACAAUGACAAUGGGCGAGCGCCACAUUCUGCGUGGAGAAACUAUGAUGAUUUCAAUGAGUUCUUCUGGUCUCCGAAGUGUUUUCAGCUUGGUUGGCCAUGGAAGAUCAGCAAUCCAUUUUUCUCUAAACCUAGUAGGAAAGAGAAGGGCUUGGUGGGUAGGAAUCAUCAUUAUGGAAAGACAUCUUUUGUGGAGCACAGAACUUUUCUUCAUCUUUACCAUAGCUUUCAUCGCCUUUGGAUUUUUUUAGUUAUGAUGUUUCAGGGAUUAAUGAUCAUUGCUUUUAAGGAUCGUAAAUUUGACAAAAAAACAGUAUUGACACUCCUCAGCCUGGGUCCAACCUAUGUCAUCAUGAAAUUUAUUGAGAGCAUAUUGGACAUUCUGAUGAUGUAUGGCGCCUAUUCAACAUCUCGUAGAUCUGCAAUUACCCGAGUUCUUUGGCGAUUCUGUUGGUUCACCGCGGCUUCAUUGGUUAUUUGUUACCUAUAUAUCAAAGCAUUUCAAGAUGGGACAAAUUCGGCUACAUUCAAGAUAUAUGUCUUUGUAAUUGGUGCAUACGUGGGCGCCAAAAUAAUUAUCGGCCUGCUUAUGAGUGUUCCUUGCUGCCACGGUUUGACCGAUUAUUGCUACCGCUGGUCUGUUGUACGCCUUGGAAAGUGGAUGCAUCAGGAGAACAAUUAUGUUGGGAGAGGCAUGCAUGAAAGACCUUCUGACUACAUCAAAUAUGUUGCUUUCUGGCUUGCAAUUCUUGGCGCAAAAUUUUCAUUCACUUAUUUUCUCCAGAUCGAACCUCUUGUUAAACCAACAAUGGAAAUAAUCAAUUUCAAACGCUUAGAGUAUGCUUGGCAUGACUUUGUUUCGAAGAAUAACCAUAAUGCUCUAACUAUUCUUUCUUUAUGGGCUCCAGUGGUAUCAAUUUACCUUUUGGAUAUCCAUGUAUUUUACACCGUGAUGUCUGCUAUAUGUGGGUUUCUCCUUGGUGCACGCGAUCGCCUGGGAGAGAUUAGGUCUGUUGAAGCAGUUCACAGAUUCUUUGAGAAGUUCCCUGAAGCAUUCAUGGAUAAACUCCAUGUUGCUGUACCGAAAAGGAAGCAGCUGCUAUCAUCGAGUCAGCAUCCAGAAUUAAACAAGUUUGAUGCAUCUAAAUUUGCUCCCUUUUGGAACGAAAUUGUGAGGAAUAUGAGGGAAGAGGAUUAUAUUAAUAACACUGAACUGGAUUUACUCUUGAUGCCUAAGAAUAAUGGAUCUCUUCCAAUUGUGCAGUGGCCUCUCUUUUUGCUUGCUAGCAAGGUUUUCUUAGCCAAAGAUAUUGCAAUUGAUUGUAAAGACUCACAAGAGGAACUAUGGCUAAGGAUAUCAAAGGAUGAAUACAUGCAAUAUGCUGUUGUAGAGUGCUAUCACAGCAUUUAUUAUAUUCUGACAUCUAUACUAGAUAAAGAAGGACGUCUCUGGGUGGAGAGGAUUUAUGUUGGUAUCCGAGAAAGCAUUUCCAAGAGGAACAUUCAGAGUGAUCUUCAUUUCAGCAGAUUGCCCAAUGUCAUUGCCAAGUUAGUUGCUGUAGCAGGAAUUUUGAAAGAAACCGAGUCUGCUGAUCUGAGGAAAGGGGCAAUUAAUGCUAUUCAAGAUCUAUAUGAAGUUGUUCAUCAUGAAGUGCUGUCUGUUGAUAUGAGUGGCAAUAUUGAUGAAUGGGAACAGAUUAAGCAAGCAAGAGCUGAAGGCCGUCUCUUCAAUAAUCUCAAGUGGCCAACUGACUCUGGAUUGAAGGACUUGAUCAAACGAUUGUACUCUCUUCUGACCAUCAAGGAGUCAGCUGCAAAUGUUCCUAAAAACCUGGAAGCUAGACGGAGAUUGGAGUUCUUUACAAACUCUCUGUUCAUGCAAAUGCCUGUUGCAAGACCUGUUUCAGAAAUGCUUUCUUUCAGCGUAUUUACUCCAUACUACUCCGAGACUGUUCUUUAUAGUAAAGAUGAACUCCAGAAGAGAAAUGAAGAUGGUAUAAGUACACUAUUUUAUCUACAGAAGAUUUAUCCAGAUGAAUGGAAGAACUUCCUUGCUCGCAUUAACAGGGAUGAAAACACAACUGACUCCGAACUUUUUAGUAGCCCUAAUGACAUGAUGGAACUACGUCUGUGGGCUUCUUACCGUGGACAGACCUUAGCACGAACUGUUCGUGGGAUGAUGUACUAUAGGAAAGCCCUUAUGCUGCAAAGUUAUUUGGAGAAGUUGCAAUCUGAAGAUAUUGAAUCUGCAGUUGCUACAACUGGUCUUGGUCUGGCUGAUAUACAUUUUGAGCUGUCUCCUGAGGCACGUGCUCAGGCUGAUUUGAAAUUUACAUAUGUGGUUACUUGCCAAAUAUAUGGGGUACAGAAGGCAGAGAGGAAACCAGAAGCUGCAGACAUAGCUCUACUAAUGCAAAGAAAUGAAGCACUCAGAGUUGCUUACGUUGAUAUUGUUGAGAGCGUUAAGAAUGGAAAGCCUAGCACCGAGUAUUACUCAAAGCUUGUUAAAGCUGACAUUCAUGGAAAGGACAAGGAAAUUUAUUCCAUUAAAUUGCCUGGCAAUUUUAAGCUGGGUGAGGGGAAGCCAGAAAACCAAAAUCAUGCCAUAAUAUUCACCCGUGGAAAUGCAGUGCAAACCAUUGAUAUGAAUCAGGAUAACUAUUUUGAGGAGGCACUCAAAAUGAGAAACCUGCUUGAGGAAUUCUAUCAGAAUCAUGGCAAGCACAAGCCUUCAAUUCUUGGUGUUAGAGAACACGUGUUCACGGGAAGUGUUUCUUCGCUGGCCUCGUUUAUGUCCAAUCAGGAAACUAGUUUUGUCACAUUGGGACAGCGUGUUCUGGCCAAUCCACUGAAAGUAAGAAUGCAUUAUGGCCAUCCAGAUGUUUUUGAUAGAAUUUUUCAUAUAACGAGGGGUGGAAUAAGUAAGGCCUCCCGUGUCAUCAAUAUCAGUGAGGAUAUUUAUGCAGGGUUCAACUCAACUCUGCGCUUAGGGAACAUAACUCAUCAUGAAUAUAUUCAGGUUGGAAAGGGAAGAGACGUUGGUCUUAAUCAGAUUGCACUGUUCGAAGGAAAAGUUGCUGGAGGAAAUGGUGAGCAAGUGCUCAGCCGGGAUAUAUACAGACUUGGACAGCUUUUUGACUUUUUCAGGAUGUUGUCCUUCUAUGUGACAACUAUUGGGUUCUACUUCUGCACCAUGCUAACUGUUUGGACCGUGUACAUAUUUCUCUAUGGGAAAACCUAUCUGGCUUUGUCUGGAGUUGGAGAAUCAAUUCAGAAUAGGGUGGAUAUAUUGCAGAACACAGCCUUGAAUGCAGCUCUGAACACACAGUUUCUUUUCCAGAUUGGUGUAUUUACUGCUAUUCCUAUGAUUCUGGGUUUCAUCCUGGAAUUUGGUGUCUUGACGGCUUUUGUCAGCUUCAUCACGAUGCAGUUCCAACUUUGCUCUGUAUUUUUUACUUUCUCCCUGGGUACAAGGACCCACUAUUUUGGCCGCACAAUACUACAUGGUGGUGCAAAGUAUAGAGCAACCGGUAGGGGUUUUGUGGUACGACAUAUCAAAUUUGCUGAAAACUACCGUCUUUAUUCCAGGAGCCAUUUUGUGAAAGGGUUGGAGGUUGCUCUUUUGUUAGUGAUCUUUUUAGCGUAUGGUUUUAACAAUGGUGGAGCAGUUGGCUACAUUUUGCUUUCCAUAAGUAGCUGGUUUAUGGCAGUUUCUUGGCUUUUUGCUCCAUACAUAUUCAAUCCAUCUGGAUUUGAAUGGCAGAAGGUCGUUGAGGAUUUCAGAGACUGGACGAAUUGGCUGUUUUACCGAGGUGGUAUUGGGGUUAAGGGAGAAGAAAGUUGGGAAGCCUGGUGGGAUGAAGAACUGGCACAUAUUCACAAUGUUGGUGGGAGGAUACUGGAAACUGUACUGAGUUUAAGAUUUUUCAUCUUCCAGUAUGGAGUUGUUUACCAUAUGGAUGCAAGCGAAUCAAGUAAAGCACUAUUGAUAUAUUGGAUAUCAUGGGCUGUGCUUGGUGGCCUUUUUGUCCUCUUACUGGUAUUCGGUUUGAAUCCCAAGGCGAUGGUGCAUUUCCAGUUGUUCCUCCGACUUAUCAAAAGCAUUGCGCUACUGAUGGUUUUGGCGGGCUUGGUUGUGGCAGUUGUGUUUACAAGCCUUAGUGUCAAAGAUGUGUUUGCUGCCAUCUUAGCAUUUGUGCCAACUGGCUGGGGAGUUCUUUCGAUCGCUGUGGCGUGGAAACCUAUUGUGAAGAAACUAGGUCUAUGGAAAACAGUGCGCUCUCUAGCUCGCCUGUACGAUGCUGGCACAGGAAUGAUCAUUUUUGUCCCGAUAGCCAUCUUUUCCUGGUUUCCUUUCAUAUCCACCUUCCAGACCCGACUUCUAUUUAACCAGGCUUUCAGCAGAGGUUUGGAGAUCUCUCUCAUUCUUGCUGGCAACAAUCCAAAUGCGGGAGUAUGACUGUAGCUGCUCCCAUCCAUCUAAGCAUCUCCAUUCAGAUCGUGGAGCUUUACAAUCACUGUUGUUCUCUCUUAGCAGUAGGAUGUAUAUAUUUCAUGGACGGGGAGUCGUGGAUGUAUCCUGUUGGCCACAUUGUUGUAUUGAUCUUAGUGCUUCUAAUUGUGAUUGCUACUGUUGUUUUGUAGCUUUAGUUGUGGAGUUAGCUUUUCAUGUUUGCUAAUACAACUGAUUAUAUUAUCCUAUUAGAUUUUGUUGAUGUAUUUCUUUUGAUCGUUAAUAUUUUGAUACGUAGAAUGAACAACCAUUUUAUUAACUUAGAGAAUGAUUUUUUCGAA